GCAGCGGCUCUGAUCUCACUACCUGAGAAAAUUCACUUGAAGGGCACUGGAGUCACACAGAGAGCACAAAGCUGCAUAUUUGACUGCCCCGCGGACACAGAGCAGAGUCAGAGCUUUGCCUGCGUGGAUUACACUGAAUCAGCUGAGGAAGUGAACCACAGAGAUGGCUGAGGCUCACCAGGCGGUGGGCUUCCAGUUCACCGUGCGCCCGGAUGGCGUGGACCUUAAACUGAGCCAGGAGGUCAUCAGGAACAUUUACCUGUCUGGAGUGACCGCCUGGAAGAAGAAGGCCAUUCUGUUCAAGAACGGUGUGUUGGCUGGAGUCUACCCUGCUUCUCCAUCCAGCUGGCUGAUCGUUGUCAUUGCCAUGAUGAGCUCCCUGUACAUCCGCGUGGACCCCUCCCUGGGAAUGAUAGAAGCCAUCGGCGAUAACCUCCCGUACAGACGCUCCUUGUCGGUUCAAACUCAGGCCGUGCUGAGCGCCAUCUUGUUCGCCACAGUUCUGUGGCUGUUCCUCAUCUACCUGCUGAGAUACUCCCUCAAGGCGCUGCUCUCCUACCAUGGCUGGAUCUUUGAGUCCCAUGGAAGAAUGAGCACUUCUACCAAAGUGUGGCUGAGCUUGGUGAAGAUGUUUUCUGGACGCAGACCGCUGCUCUACAGCUUCCAGGCCUCCUUGCCCAGACUCCCUGUGCCCAGUGUGGAUGACACCAUUCGCAGGUACCUGGACUCAGUCCGUCCCCUGCUGGACAGUGAACAGUACAACCAAAUGGCGACUUUGGCCAAUGACUUUAAAGACUCCAUAGCGUCCCAGCUGCAGAGAUACUUGGUCAUAAAAUCCUGGUGGGCGUCAAAUUACGUAAGUGACUGGUGGGAGGAGUACAUCUACCUGAGGAGCAGGAGUCCUAUCAUGGUCAACAGUAACUUCUACGUAAUGGACCUUUUGUACCUGACCCCGACGCACCGGCAGGCUGCGCGGGCCGGUAACGUGGUGCACGCCAUGCUGCAGUACAGGCGCAAGCUGGAGCGCGGCGAACACGCGCCGCUGAGGGCUUUGGGGACGGUGCCCAUGUGCUCCACACAGAUGGAGAGGAUGUUCAACACCACCCGCAUCCCUGGUGUAGAAACAGAUGUCGUGCAGCACCUCCAUGACCGGAAGCACCUAGUUGUCUACCACAAAGGCCGCUUCUUCCAGUUGUGGCUGUACACCGGCGGGCGCCACCUGUCGCCCAGCGAACUCGAGAUGCAGUUCCAAAGGAUCCUCAGCGAUAAUUCCGACCCGCAACCGGGAGAAGUCAAACUAGCGGCUCUCACCGCAGGACAGAGAGUUCCAUGGGCUCGGGCUCGGAUGAAGCAUUUCAGUCAGGGAGUAAACAGAGUGUCCCUUGACGCCAUCGAGUCAGCUGCCUUCUUCCUGGCGCUGGAUGACCAGCCGCAGGGUUAUGACCCAACAAAGACCAACUCGCUUGACAGUUACGCCAAGUCCCUGCUGCACGGGAAGUGUUAUGACAGGUGGUUCGACAAGUCCUUCAACUUGAUUUCUUAUCCCAAUGGAAAAAUGGGUAUAAAUGUUGAGCAUUCGUGGGCCGAUGCACCAAUUGUGGGACACAUGUGGGAGUAUGUCCUGGCAACAGAUUGCUUCCAGCUUGGCUACACAGAGGAGGGACACUGUAAGGGGGACGCGAACAAAGCCCUGCCUCAUCCCACUCGACUUCAGUGGCAGCUUCCAAAGGAGUGUCAAGACAUGAUUGAGGCGUCGUAUCAAAUAGCCAAGCACAUAGCUGAUGACGUGGAUUUCCAUGGUUACCUGUUUAAAGAGUUUGGAAAAGGUCUGAUCAAGAAGUGCAGGACCAGCCCUGAUGCCUUCAUUCAGCUGGCUCUGCAGCUGGCACAGUUCAGGGACCAGGGAGGAUUUUGUCUGACGUACGAGUCAUCAAUGACUCGCAUGUUCAGGGACGGGCGGACAGAGACCGUGCGCUCCUGCACCUCUGAGGCCGUGGCCUUUGUCAGGGCCAUGGAGGACACGCGUGCAACAAAAGCCCAGCGGCUCGCGCUGUUUCGGAAGGCAGCGGAAAAGCAUCAGCACAUGUAUCGUCUGGCCAUGACGGGCUCUGGAAUCGACCGUCACCUCUUCUGUCUCUACAUAAUGUCCAAGUACCUUGGUGUCGACUCGCCGUUUCUCAAAAAGGUGCUUUCUGAGCCCUGGAAGCUGUCCACCAGCCAGACUCCACAGCAGCAACUCAAUUUAGUUGACAUCAACAAGUUCCCUCAAUACGUGGGUGCUGGUGGAGGAUUUGGCCCCGUGGCUGAUGAUGGUUAUGGCGUGUCUUAUAUCAUUGUUGGGGAAAACCUCAUUACAUUCCACAUUUCCAGCAAGUUCUCCAGCCCUGACACAAACUCGGACCGUUUCGGGCAGAACAUUCGAGAGGCCAUGCUCGAUAUCCAGGCGCUGUUCCGCCCUGAAAAUGAGAAGAUGGUGGCGAACGGCGAUUACGUGCAUCUGGAAAAUGGGAAAAAGCACCUGUAGGACACACUGACAGAACCUCUGGACUGUCCGGCACACAGCUCGCAAUCUGCUGCAUUUAUGAAAAGUUUGCGCUUUGGUUGGGUCAUAUUACAGGAAGCGGUCAUUCCAAUCAACCAGGCAAAAGCAGCAUGUUACGCCCUAUUUCUUGCUACUGAUACUGUACUUUUCGAAGGCGCUGUGAAAGUUUUAUCCAUUUGAACGGUUGCUUGUCUUCCUGCAAAGUUUGUAGCAGCCUGUAUAUAUAUAAAUCAAAUGUAAAGUAAGACAUAUCAGUCUUGUGUAUAGUGUAAGAUAACUUAUUAAUACAUCUAUCUAUAAAUCUA